CGCGUACACUCCUGUAUGGGGGCUGGGACGAGUUGCAAUCGCAAGAUGUCGACUGAGAAAGCAACUGCUUACAAACACGCAGUCACUACCCUUGGGGAUAUUUGAUGCAUUGACACGAUGUUUUGGAUACGUGGAAUAUAAGAUCGGCUGAUAUAUUUUCAACGGAGAUUUAAAAAGGUGUCCUUCGCGUUGCCUGCAAACACAUCUCAGGAGGUGAAAGAACCAGAUACACGCUGAAACGAGUGUCUCUCUCAACUGUCUGCGUGCCCGUGCCAAGGCCGUCUCACGCGAGAUGAAAGCAUCUCAGCCCUAAAUUUCACACAUUCAUUUUUUGCACGACAAACCAUGACUUUCUCCCCUGAGUUGAUUACAUAAGGCAGCCAUCAGCUAUGAUUCACUUGUACGCACAUAGCAGUCCCACCUAAGUCGACGCCGUGUCGAACUGUUUCCUCGGCUGACACCUCAAACCAGCAGCGCAAGCCUCAUCCUAGUCUAGUAUGAGUUAUGACAUCACUCAGUCAGCGGCCAGCAGCAACGCUCGGGGGCGAGCGCCGAGGGCUGCCGAGAAAGACACCGGCCAGGAGGCCGACUCCAAACAGCCAAAGGCCGGCGCCAAUGUCUCUGCUCCGGAGCACGGAAACAGGGCCGGGGGCGUGUCCUCCCCCAGCGAAGGAUCGGGAGCCGGCGAUCAGAGGGGGCCCAACUCGGACGACAUGGACGGCGGCCUCUCCAGCGGCAACGACUCCGGCGAGAGGGACAUGGGCUCCCGCGGGCGCCAGUCCACCCGCAGCUCGCACGGUUCGUCCAACGGCAAGGACUCGGGCAUGAUGCUGGAGACCACAGAGAGCCACAAGAGCUCCAACUCGCAGAGCCUGUCGCCGCCGAGCGGCUCGCUGGCCUACAGCCUGCUGUCUACCAGCUCCGAACACGACCCGCCCUCCACAUCUGGCUGCAGCAGCAAUCAGUCGGCGAGGGUCCAGACCCAGAAGGAGCUCAUGAAGGCCAUCAAGGAGCUCAAGCUGCGCUUGCCAGCGGAGCGCAAGUCCAAGGGCCACUCCAGCACUCUCAAUGCACUCAAGUACGCCCUGCAGUGUGUCAGACAAGUCCGAGCCAACAAGGAGUAUUAUCACCAGUGGAGUGUGGAAGAGUGUCACGGUUGUAGCCUGGACUUGUCUGCCUUCACCAUCGAGGAGCUGGACAACAUCACUUCGGAAUACACACUAAAGAACACGGACACGUUCUCAAUGGCGGUCUCCUUUCUGUCCGGGAAAGUGGUGUACGUGUCACCUCAGGGAUCGUCGGUGCUGCGCUGCAAGCCCGAGUGUCUCCAGGGCACGAUGUUUUCGGAGCUUUUGGCUCCGCAGGACAUCAGCACUUUCUACAGCGGCACGGCGCCUUGCCGCCUGCCCUUAUGGGCGUCCUGCAUCGGAUCCGCCUCGCCCGCGAUGGACUGCACUCAGGAAAAGUCCAUGUUCUGUCGAAUCAGCGCCGACCGGACGCAGGGCGGCGAGAUGCGCUAUUAUCCGUUUCGCCUGACGCCCUACCAGCUGACCAUCAGGGAUUCGGAUACCGCCGAACCGCAGCCGUGUUGCCUGCUCAUCGCGGAGAGGGUCCACUCUGGAUACGAGGCACCUCGGAUCCCUCCUGACAAGAGGAUCUUCACCACCAGUCACACUCCCAGCUGCCUCUUCCAGGAAGUCGACGAGAGGGCGGUGCCAUUGUUGGGAUAUCUGCCACAGGACUUGGUGGGAACCCCGACUUUGCUUUACAUCCACCCCGAAGACAGGCCCACUAUGGUGGCCAUACACGAGAAGAUCUUUCAGUUUGCCGGCCAGCCGUUCGAGUAUUCGCCGUUGAGGAUGUGCGCCCGCAGCGGGGAAUACUUAACCAUCGACACCAGCUGGUCUUCCUUUGUCAACCCUUGGAGCCGCAAGGUGGCCUUCAUCGUAGGGCGCCACAAAGUCCGAACGAGCCCGCUGAACGAGGACGUGUUCACGGCGCCGGGCUGCGAGGGCCGCGCCACCACGCCCGACAUCGUGCAGCUCAGCGAGCAGAUCCACCGUCUGCUGGUGCAGCCGGUGCACAGCGGCGGGUCGCAGGGUUACAGCUCGCUGGGCUCCAGCGGCUCACGGGGCUCGCGCCACUCGCAGCCGCAGCAUCUCGGCGCCUCGGCCGCCUCCUCCAGCGACAGCAACGGACCCGCCAUGGACGACGCCGCGGCUGCGGUCGCCUUACACAAGCCCAUGACCUUCCAGCAGAUCUGCAAAGAUGUUCACAUGGUCAAGACUAAUGGGCAGCAAGUUUUCAUCGAGUCUCGAAACAGGCCGCCGGCGAGAAAAAACACCAGCACAGUUGCCACAAGCAGUCUGAGAGACAUCAACAGCGACCCCAUUCGCGGCCUCAUUGCUGACAUGACCAAACCACUGAAAGAUUUGGUGCCUGCGCCGCUUGUACAGAAAGAGUCCCCACCUGGAUAUUCCUACCAACAGAUCAACUGUCUGGACAGCAUCAUAAGGUACCUGGAAAGCUGCAACAUUCCCAAUACGAUCAAAAGAAAGUGCGGCUCCUCCUCCUGCACAUCCGCUUCCGACGAAGACAAGCAGGAAGCCGGCGGCAACGCCAAAGGUGCGUCAGUUAGCUUGGUAGGCGAAGCCCCUCCGCUGCCCCCGCUGACGUUGGCCAUGAAGGCGGAGAGCGUGGCCUCCGUCACGUCCCAGUGUAGCUUCAGUAGCACCAUCGUGCACGUGGGAGACAAGAAGCCGCCCGAAUCAGACAUCGUGAUGGAGGAGGCUCCGAGCACUCCGACACACGCUCCCCCCACCCUCAUUCCAACUGCGCUCUCCAGUGGGCCUCCUACCAUAUAUAUUCCUCCUCCGCCUCCUCCUCCCCCUCCUCCCCCGCCUCCUCCCAUCGCUCCCCUCCCUCAAGCUACGCCGCCAACUCAGCCGGAGAGGGACAGCCGGCACGGCGGGGGCGGCGCAGCGUUGGCAGGCGGGGGCGGCCGGCUGGGUCUGACGAAGGAGGUGCUGUCGGCGCACACGCAGCAGGAGGAGCAGGCCUUCCUGGACCGCUUCAAGGACCUCAGCAAGCUGCGCGUCUUCGAUCAGACGGCGUCUUCGACCGUGCGCUGCCACACGCCCGCCGGCAACCCUCUGGCGCGAGGGGUGCGUUGCUCUCGUGACUACCCGGCCGCAGGGGGCGGCUCCAGUCACAGAUGCGGCCGUGGCGGCAAGCGGCUCAAGCACCAGGAGUCCUCUGACAGGCACAGCUCUCUGGGACUCACGGGGAUGCACCAAGACCUCAGAACCAGAGCGGCGGCCGGGCCCCUCAACGUGCCGCUGGGAGCCCCCACAAAUUCCUCCUCCUGGCCGUCGGUUUGCUCUCAGCCCAGCCAUCCCUCGGCCCCGUUCGCACCCGGCAUGGUUCCGAUCUACCCGGUCUACCCGCCGCUCUCUCAGCCCUUAGCCGUGCCAGAUGCGUCACGUUUCCCCCCGACGCCAAUGGUGCCCCCCAUGAUGGCCUUGGUUCUUCCCAACUACAUGUUCCCUCCGAUGGGGGCGCCCAUGCCCCAGCAAGGCGCCACACCCAUGCCGUUUUUCGGUCAAAACUUGAAUUACCCCAGCGCCCCCCAAGCCCCGGUCCCCGCGGCCGUUUGCAACCCCGCGUCCAUUCCCGGCAUGGGCGCGCCAUCUCGAAGCAGCACUCCCCAGUCCUGCACUCAGACCCCCGCCGAUCGCGAGGGUGCAGAGUCCCCCCUUUUCCAGUCCCGAUGCUCCUCCCCCCUCAAUUUGUUGCAGCUGGAAGAGUCGCCAAGCAACCGGUUAGAGUCCGCCACCGUGCUGGCGGCCGCACAGCAGGCUCCGCCCACCGUGCAGGGCGGCCCGGCCGGCGUGCAGAGUUCAGCCAAUCAAAGGAACUCUGAUGAUAACACCAAGGAGAAUGAGAAUGGGGAAGCUAAUGAGUCCAACAACGACGCCAUGUCGACUUCCAGCGACCUGCUGGACCUGCUGCUGCAGGAAGACUCGCGCUCGGGAACCGGCUCUGCUGCCUCCGGAUCUGGGUCAUCGGGCACCAGGUCCUCGGGUUCUGGCUCCGGCUCUAACGGAUGCUGCUCCUCUGGCACCAGUGGCACCAGUAGUAGCCAGGGCAGCCACACCAGCAAAUAUUUUGGUAGCAUUGACUCAUUGGAGAACGACCACGCCCGCAAGCAGCCAGCGGGGGGCAGCGGCACCGGUGGCGACAGCGGCGAGGAGCAGUUCAUCAAAUGUGUCUUGCAGGACCCCAUUUGGCUGCUGAUGGCCAACACGGACGACAAGGUCAUGAUGACCUACCAGCUGCCUAUCAGGGACGUGGAGGCGGUGCUGCGUGAGGAUCGCGAGGCGCUGAGGAGCAUGCAGAAGCAUCAGCCUCGCUUCACGGAGGAACAGAAGAGGGAGCUGAGCCAGGUGCACCCUUGGGUGCGCACGGGACGCCUGCCCAGAGCCAUCAACAUCUCCGGCUGCGCAGGCUGCAAGUCUCCCGCGUCGGUCCGCCACGCCGCCGCCCCCUUCGACGUGGAGAUCAACGAGAUGGAGCUUUGCAGCAUCCUGAAGACACCAAAGGAGGGCGCCACCAAGGUCAAGAAAAGCUCGUCAGAGGCGGCCAUGGAUGAACAACCCCCUGACGAGGACGACGACGACGAUGAGGAAGACGAGGGGGAGGAGGAAGAAGGCAAAACACAAGAAAGCGGCCAAGCGGUGACCGCAGACGAACUGAGAGCCACGUCGGGGGCGGCGGAGGACACCGCUCGACCGCCACAGUCUGACAUGAAUCACUAAGCGGCCAAAGACGAAGUAUUAAGCACUACUGUUUAUAACUUUUAAUGUGUACCUUCCUGAAGUACACCUACGGUGACAUCAUGACACAAGAUGAGCGACGCCAAUAUUGAGCACUCGGAUUUACGACUCCUUGUCUAAACUAAUUCCUGACUGUCGCUUACGUCGUAUGACAUCACGCGAGAGGCGCCACGGACUCCACACGACGCGCCUUCCGCCUCCUCUCUUGUAGGUCAUAUUUAUUUCAGUCGGAAGAGGCGUCACAAAAAACAAAAAAAAAAAAUGCACCUUUUUGAUGUACAGAUGGAUGUGCUUCACCAAUGUCCCGUGUGAUGUUCACGUCCGUGACGUCUCACUAUGAAUGUCGCUGGGCUUCUCUGUUGCUCCUUAUCACAUCGGCUCGUGUACAUAAAUCGGACGCGAAAAUGCACAGUCCCGCGAAAGACGGGCUGACUUUAUUUUGUAAAAAUGUGUAUAUUUUUAUAUGUUCACCCAAUUGCGAGUUGAGAGUUGAUGACUGGCCCGAGCUGUGUGACGUUUCAAAAGUUUAUUCAAGCAGGCCUCACUUGAGGUGCAGGAAAGAAAAAGCGCGCAAGUGUGGUGAAGUGUUUCUUUGCAAGAGGAUGGAAAAAAAAAUCAUAAAAUAAAAAUCCCGUUGACGUUUUCCUUUUUUGUCUCUAUCGUGGUCAUGUGAUAUUCGGUUUCUUCAUGGCAUCGCUGCUGUUUACAACAGUUGCUCAAUAUUUUUGUGAAAUUUGUACAAAAAAAAAAAAAGAGACAAUAAAAGGACUUGAAAUAUGA